UUCGAUUAUACUGAGGGCGUUGUCUCCUUGGGGUAAGGCGCUCGGGGACCCCUACCCGCUCCUUUCCCUUUACUAAGCAAGAGGCCAGGGACGUUUGUGCGUUCUCAGCGCCCAACGCACAAUGCCCAAAUUCGACUAACGGCCAGUGUGGUGGGAUUUAAAAUCCUUCCCCAAUAAGUCCUGCCUUUUCCUUCCUUGCCCACAUGAUGAUGGCCCUUGGCAGAGUCCCCUAGUAGAAAGGGAAGCUUGGCUCCUGGAAGCAAUCAUCCCUGCUCCCCACUUGCCGCUCAUUCUCCCAGGUCUCCGGUGAAAGGAGCCGAUCGCCCCCGCCGGGGGGGGGGGGCACUCCACCCUAGAAGCCCUUCUCCCCAAAGGAGCAUUCCAGAAAACCCAAUCUUGCAGCUGAGAAGAGCCUGAAAUUUCAGACCUAAACCAGUGAAAAACCCUACUGAGCUAUGGGUAAGACAUUCUCCCAGCUCACCUCUCAGCAGGAUGAGGACAAGUCGAUCCUAUCUGAUAACUCAGCCCUUGCCAGCAAGACUGCCAACUACUUCAGCACGGGUAGCAACAAACCACCGGGCUCCGGUGUGCUUUACGCCAGGGCUGCUGGUACCAGCUUUGUGACUUGUCCUACCUGCCAAGGCCAUGGGGAGAUCUCCCACGAACUAGAGAAGCAGCUGGUAGCCCUCAUCCCUUACGGAGACCAAAGGCUGAAGCCCAGACACACGAAGCUCUCCGUGUUCCUGGCAGUGAUCAUCUGUCUGCUGACAUUCUCCGUCACCAUCUUUUUCCUGUAUCCACGGCCCAUUAUCGUGUAUCCUGUAGGCCUCAACUCCUCCAUGGUGGCCUUUGAUGACAGCCAUAUACAACUCAACAUGACGAACAUCCUGAACAUCUCCAACAGCAACUUCUACCCCAUCACUGUGUCACAGCUGACAGCAGAGGUUCUCCACCAGACCUUCGUGGUGGGCCAGGUGACCAGCAGCCUCCACCUGCAUAUCAGUCCUUUGGCCACUGGACAGAGUCACAGUAGCUACACGUCAUUAGGUCCAGAGACUAGUAAGUCUAGGGCCUGUUCCACACAUGACAUUUCUUCUGAGAGCUGUCUGGAGCUUCCAGAACACAGGUGUGGCAGCUGUCCAGUGUCCUGGCAGAGCAGGGAGCAGAAGAAAGUGGGAGGGAGGACCUCGGGAGGCAGCCUCACACACACCACAGAGCCAGGCCAAAGCCGUCCCUUCCCUCCCAGACUUUGUGACAAGGCCUGCUUCCUCUCUAGGGGUACUCUGAGCUGCUCCUACCUGAGCCAUCAGCAGCAGCUCCCCUUCCAGAGCUAUGAAUACGUGGACUGCCAGGAGAACACGUCCGUGCCCCUCCUGGAGAUCCCGUCCACACCCAGCUUGACCUCUCCGCUGGCCCUGUAGCGCAGGCACCUGCGGCCUGGUCUGCACCUCAACUCCAGGGAGCUCAUGGAAGGACGAGUGGCUUUGCUGAAGGAACGGAAAUGUCUGGCUUUAUUGUGCCUUCCCCCGACACCCUCAGCACAAGGAGCUCUUUAGCAACGUCCUAGGCGCUGGCUCCUCAGGGGUCCAGGAGUGACUUCUGGUAGAUCUUCCCCGGGGUCUGUGUUAAGAAACGUCUGAGGGCUGGAGAGAUGGCUCAGUGGUUAAGAGCACUGGCUGCUCUUCCAGAGGUCCUGAGUUCAAUUCCCAGCAACCACAUAAUGGCUCACAACCAUCUGUAAUGAGAUCUGGUGCCCUCUUCUGGCCCGCAGAUGUACACGCAGGCAGAACACUGUGUACAUAAUAAAUAA